CUGAAUUUCGGUAUGAGACUAAUCAGCGCUUGUUCGAUCUCAGUCUUUCUCUACACAGAGUGACUCUUGUUCUUUCCCUGCAACCGUUAUGUCCCGGAUCCUCAAAUCGGUGGAUUACGAGGUAUUUGGCCGGGUUCAAGGAGUUUGUUUCAGAAUGUACACAGAGGAUAAAGCUAGGAAAGCGGGUAUAGUUGGCUGGGUUAAAAAUACCAGACAAGGAACGGUUACUGGACAAGUGCAAGGUCCAGAAGAGAAAGUGAAUGAGAUAAAUGCAGUCCAACUAGAAUCAGCCAGCAAGAAAAACAAUGUUAUCCUUCUUACAAUCUAAUGAGGACUGAGAGAUGGAGAAGAAACUCAGCAAAACGAAACACUUACAAUGCUAAUGUUAUCAUUUGUAAAUGUAAUAUACAAUUUAAUACAUUAGGAGUAUAUAUUGGUAUAAAACUCUUAUGUACAUAUUAAAGCAUUCAACGCCUUCCUCUGUUGUUUUUAUCAUAACUUAAUUGGAACCCUCUCAGUAUUUAGAGAGAAUAAAUAAGGGAAGAGCAAACAGCCUUGUUCGCUUCUUCACCCAUCUGCAGCCAGUCUGUUUUUGCCAUAUUCUGUCUGUACUGUGGCUUCCUGACCUGGGUAUAGGUUUUGCAUGAAAACAGUGAGGUAGUCAGAUGUCUGAAAUAAAGAGGUUGGGACAAGUUUAAGAUGACAGUUGUUUGAUAGAAAGAAUGGUGGAAGGCUCAGGUGUACGUUUUUGUUGUUUUCAAUUUCUUCUUUAUUUCUUAUUUUCUAUCUUUGUUCUUAUGUGUAGUUUAUUACAUUAAAAAUUUCUAAUUAUAAAAGGUGUUAUUGGAUUUCUGUUUUCCUAAAGACACUGCACACGACACAAUGAAAGGUCUUUCUAUAACCAUCAAAGCACAUGCUGAUUCUUUUUUAGUGUUCUUUAGUGGUAAUUAAUUUCUCAAUGAUCCAGCAUGCAUCAGCAAUAAUGUCUUAUAUUGCUUGCUUGACCUUUUCUAAAGCUACAGUAGUUUGAACAUCUGUCUUUUCUCUUUUCAUGAGGGCUUUAAUUUAGGUUGGAUGAUCCUAAGCAUUCUUUUGCUGUCAUGUCAAAAAAGUGUAUUGUAUAAUAGUUUGCAUACUCUAUGUCUCUUUUUUGUAUUGGAAUGUAGGUUGACCUCUUCCAAUUGAUGGGCUAUUGUGAUGUUCUCCAGAUUUGCUGCCAUAAUUUGGCUAGAACCUUUAUUAAUUCUU